AUGUCCACUUCAAAGCAGGGAAAGGUGUUUCGAAUUACAACAUUUAUUUCCGAUUUACGGACUAAUCUUAUCCCACCAUCUUCUUCCUCACAUUUGGAAAAUGGCCACCGGAGUCGACGCUUGGUCAUUGUGGGCGACGUACACGGAAUGAAAAAGUCACUGGAAGGACUCCUUGAGAAAGUCGGCUUUGACAAAGGCAAAGGGGAUCAUCUAAUCCUUGCUGGUGACAUUACCAACAAGGGACCUGAUAGUCCUGGCGUUGUCGAUAUCGCGAUCAGGCUAGGCGCCAGCGCAGUAAGAGGCAAUCACGACAAUGCAGUCCUUGAUGCGGCGGCCGAGAUUGCCGCUAAGGGUGGCUGGGACCAGUUCAAAGGCUUGAUUGAAACUUUCAAUGCACAUGAGCAUUCCUCGGACAACAUGCCCAAGGACACUGUUCCUACUGAAGGCUCUGAGAAGACCGAAUCUGCUACGCCCAACAUUACCAUGCGACAUGGCCCAACAACAUAUAGAACGGCAUCACAACUUUCAGCGCGCCAAAUUGAAUGGCUUUCUGCGUUGCCAUUGAUUUUGCGGAUUCAACUCCCCCAUAAUAUACCGUGCACACUUGGCGACAAUAUAGUUGUCGCACAUGCGGGUCUUGUUCCUGGCAUUCCACUUGAAGAGCAAGACCCCCACGCUGUGCUACAUAUGAGAAGCCUCGCUCGCAAACCGGGCGGGGAAGCUAGCUUAACGCCCGAGGAGUCCUCUGGAGAAGAGGGUUGGGCCGUGGAAUGGGACAGAUGGCAGGAACAGCUCACAUCACGGACGACGGUGGUUUUCGGACACGACGCAAAGCGGCGUUUGCAGCUGGGCAAGUAUACCAUUGGACUGGAUACAGCAUGUCUCUAUGGGAAUCAGCUCAGCGCGCUUGUGAUUUCGACUACCGACGUAGGAAUUGAGCAUCGAAUCAUCUCGGUUGAUUGUGCUGAUACGCCCGUAGCCCCAAAAUCAUCGGCUAAAGAAGAUGAUAAGACAGCUGUGGAUAAGUAG